UCCCGCCUUUCAUUUUGCAUUUGUUUGUUGAUAUUACAACUUUUUUGGAUUAUACUUGCCAAUGGUGUACACAGCAGUUCUUCCCAAAUCGUGGUUCAAGGUCCAACUGACACACGCACCUUCUGAAAAGCAGCCGCAGCGUGGAGGCAGAACGCUUUUGGAGCAGCUCAAAUACACAUGUCCUACAAUAGCGGACCCCUCAAAGGCAUACUAUGUGCCGCCGUGGACAAUUCACAACGGUGACCUGCAAACAAUCUAUCUCUACACGCAGCACUUUAAGCCUGCCGGGUGCCCGGUUGAAUUUGAGCGCGAGAUAUUCAAGUUUUCCGAUGGAGGAAGGGCGGCCGUAGACUGGGCAUUGCCGCGACUGGACACACAUCCAGACUCACCAUUGAUGGUGCUGAUUCCUGGCAUUGCUGGGUCUAGCUAUGACUAUUACAUAAGAUCGUUUAUUACUUGCAUCGCUCAACAGUCAUAUGGAUACCAGGUAGUUGUGCUGCACAGUCGAGGGUGCAAUGGAGUCGAUUUGGCUACGCCAAAGGCCUUUCACGGUGGAAUGACUGAGGAUCUGCGCGAGUUUAUGGACUACAUUGGCAGAACUAGGCCCAACGCCCCGCUGGUCGGCAUUGGCUUCUCAUUGGGCGCCAACAUUUUGACAAAAUAUAUUGGUGAAGAAAGUGACAAAUGUCGGUUUGUCGCGGCAGCCUCUGUGUGCAACCCAUUUGACAUUCACACAACGGUCACUAACAUGAGCCAGCCUUCAAUUAAAAACCGCUACUUGUAUGCGGCGGCAUUAACACGAUCGCUAGUUUCGGUAUUCACUAAUAACGAGAAAGUCAUCUUGGCUGGCAAUGUGGAGCUCAAUGGCAAGGCAAUUGCGGCGUCACGCAACAUUGACGAGUUCAACGAGGCAUACACUGCCAAGGUGUUUGGUUACAGCUCGGCCAAGGAACUAAGCAUCAGCGGCAGCAGUGUUCGCUAUUUGAAGGAUAUCAAGGUACCAAUGUUGUUCAUUAACGCACUCGACGACCCCAUGUGCUACAGGCGCACAAUCCCAUUUGCUGAGAUCAAGGCCAACCCGAAUCUGGUUCUGGCAUGCACGCGGUAUGGCGGCCACCUGGCGUACUUUGAAGGUAUCCAGAUGACAACUUGGCUGCCCAAACAGCUUUCGCAGUUUGUCCGCGGAAUGCUUGAGUGGAAAUAAAAAGAUAAAAACAUUUGUUUUUUAAUUAAACAAUUCA